AGGCCCUGGCACAGAGAGUGUUACAGCUGGGGCCCCUCCCAGUCUCCAGGGCACUGUCCCUUAGCAACAGUCCUGCUGGGCAGGACGCACUGCCAGCGUUGGGCAGAGAGGCCAUCUGGAGGACUCCAGGACAGACAAAGGCCAGCUGCCCAGAGAUCAUGGAUGCUGUGGACGCCACCAUGGAGAAACUCCGGGCACAGUGUCUGUCCCGAGGGGCCUCGGGCAUCCAGGGUCUGGCCAAGUUUUUCCGCCGCCUGGACCGGGAUGGGAGCCGAUCCCUGGAUGCGGGGGAGCUCCAGCGGGGCCUGGUUGAGCUGGGGCUGGCGCUGGACACGGUGGAGGCGGAGGGUGUGUGCAGGCGCUGGGACCGUGAUGGCAGCGGGACGCUGGACCUGGAGGAGUUCCUGCGGGCGCUGCGGCCCCCCACGUCCCAGGCCCGGGAGGCAGUCAUCACAGCUGCAUUUGCCAAGCUGGACCGCAGCGGGGAUGGCGUGGUGACGGUGGAUGACCUGCGGGGGGUGUACAGCGGCCGCGCUCACCCCAAGGUGCGGAGUGGGCAGUGGACGGAGGAGGAGGUGCUCCGCCGCUUCUUGGACAACUUCGACUCCUCUGAGAAGGACGGGCAGGUCACGCUGGCCGAGUUCCAGGACUACUACAGCGGCGUGAGUGCCUCUGUGGACACGGAUGAGGAGUUCGUGGCCAUGAUGACCAGUGCCUGGCGGCUGUGAGCAACAUGCACUUCCUCAGCUCGCCCCACCAUAGCAUAGGACCCCCCCCCCACCAAAACCCCUGAGCCAGGGACCCUCUCACCUGGGGUUUGAGCUGAGCAGCCCCCGGCUGGGGGAUGGAGGGGAGUGUGGGAGGCCGCAGAACUGGCUGGACUAGGUCUCCAAGGGCUGCUUGGCCACCAGGUGUUAAUGGGAUAAACGUCCCAAUGAUGGGUCACUGGCUCAGGACCCCAGGGAGGAAGGCCCUCGCUGCCCACGCUGUGCUGACCCCAGGCCUCACCAGGUGCCACAGGUGCCCCGCACCCCAGAUGCCCUGCUCAGUGAACCCUGCCAGCAUCCCCUCCCU